AUGAUUAGGAAUCCUGAUUUUGACACCUUUGUGUGCUGUGCGGUUUGUUCAAAGCUAAUUCCACCGCCUCCUACACCAGAGACCUUUGAGCGGAUCAGGGAAUAUAAGCCUUACAAAACUCGAUACUAUACACAUAAAGAUAUACUGGAGCUUGGAGCUGACCUUAAGCAAGCAGAAGCAGAAAGAAGAGAAUUAGAAAUAGAAAAACGAAUUGAAAAAAUAAAAACAAGACUAUGGCUUCAGGCUAAGACAGAAAAAGAGGAUGCAGUUGAAGAUGCCCUCAAUCGUGCUGACGCGCUACACAAGAAAGAUCUUGAAGAUCUUAGAACGAAAGAUGAACAAGCAUUACAAGAAGUGCUGAAAAAUACAAGGAUAGAAAUGCUGCAACACUUAGAAGUGGAGCUGAAGAGAGAGUCAGAAGCCGCCGAGCAGCGGAUGACGCACAAGCUUCAACGGAUUGUGUUGGCGCUCAAUCUGGAGAAGACAACAGCUGUAGCUGGAGCAAGACAGGAGGAGAGACAAAAAAUAGCUGAAGUCCUUGCCAAACAACAAAAGUACUAUUUGGAACAAAUCCAGCAAGCUGGGGUGAUUGCUCAUGAAAUUUAUCAGAAGAACCUGCAACAGUUAGCCUGGGAGAAAAAACAUGAAAUGGAGAUUGCCUUUAACAUCUCCCAAAAGGAGUAUAAGGAGGAAACCAAGAAAUUGCUCAAGAUAGCAGACAGUGUCCGUGAAGCUCAGCUUGAAGAGGUGAUAACCGAAGUGAACAAGAAAGACAGUGAGAUCCUGUCUCUUAGCCAGCAAGUGGAACACAUGACAGCCUGGAAAGAUAGUCUGGAAGCUGAAAUAUUAGAAAUAAGAGAAGCAUUUCAGAAAUACAUUGACGUCACAUUUCCUCAGCUUGCCCCAGGGCAAGCAGAUUUUAUCUUACCAUUCAGAAAAGUAUCUCCCUUCACAGACUCUGGUGUAGAAGAGAACACCCACUGACCGUCAGGAGAGCUCUAGAAGAAUCUGCCCAUUUGCUGCAAACAUCCAGGCAUGCUGUAAGAAAGUGCUUAAAUGCUGGGGGGAGAAAUAAACCCAACUUCCUUCACUUCAGUAUAAAUGUGUGCCUAUAAAUGAG